ACUGAAGACUGAAGAAGAAUGAGGUCGGUUCAAAUCGUGACCUUGAUGAACGCAAGAGCAAUUUUAGUGAAGAAAUAAUUGCAUUAGCUUCACUGGUACUUUCGAAUUUGGGACUUGACCACAUAACGAUCUCUUAAAAGCGUUUCUCGAAAGAUGAGCUCCGAAGCACGUAACUCAAAAGUGGCUCCGAAGAAGUUCGAUUUUAUGGAUAUUUUUUCGGAAUCUUAUUCAUUAGCACAAAAGCGCAAUCAGGUGACCAAUGCAAGGAUUUUAGCUUUACUUCCGGAAAAUGAUUCUCAAACCACUGAAAUGGAUCCUCUUGAGGAGUCUAAUUUAGACACCGAAUCUGACUACAUUGGUCCCUCGCCAGAAGAUAUGGCUGUCGAAAACCCAUAUUAUUUACCUAUUACUCAAAAUCUAACUCUCUCUCAUGGUUGUAAACCUCUCACCGCAAUAGGUGUUGAUCCAGCAGGUGCUCGCGUUGCUACAGGUGGUUUCGACUUUGAUGUAAAACUUUGGGAUUUUGGUGGGAUGGAUAACGCAUGUCGUCCAUUCAAGGCUUUUCGUCCUUGUGAAGAACAUCAAAUCAAGCACUUGGAUUUCAGUCCUUCCGGAGAACAUCUUUUGGUCAUAUCUGGUUCGGCCCAAGCUUUUAUUGUUGAUCGAGACGGAGAGGCUGUAUGUUAUACAAACAAAGGUUAUCAGUAUAUUACUGACCCGGCUAGUGCUAAAGGUCAUACUCAUGCAUUGCAUUGGGGUAUGUGGCACCCUCUGGAUUCAAACAAACUACUCACAUGUUCUCAAGAUUCAACCCUGCGUGUAUGGGAUAUAAAUGAUGCAGAGGCAGUCAUGAAUGAAACACGUAUACCUACGCAUAAAAUUGUGAUUAAGACACGUAAUGCUCAAGGACGAAAAACUAGUCCAACAUCAUGUGCUUAUUCAAAAGAUGGUCAAUUAAUUGCUGCAGGUUGUCAAGAUGGUUCUAUUCAAAUAUGGGAUACACGUAAACCUCUAGUGAAUACAACACAAAUAUGUCGUACAGCUCAUCCAAUCAAUACUGAUAUUACAUGUAUUAAUUGGUCAUGGGAUAGUAAACAAUUAUUAAGUCGUGGUAUGAAUGAUGAUACAAUGAAAUUAUGGGAUACACGUGAAUUAUCUAAAGGAGCUAUUCAUGUAUUUAAAGAUUUACCUGUAUUGUUUAAUCAAAGUGAAGUAACAUUUAGUCCAAAUGAUCAAGUAUUAGCUGUUGCUGUUAGUGUACCACGUAAUGAUCCUAAAAGAGGUCAAAUCAACUUUUAUAGAAGAGAUAAUUUUCAGCUGAUCAAUCAGUUCAGUCCAUGUCAUGGUAGUGUGAUUGGAUUAACAUGGCAUCAUAGAUUAAAUCAAGUAUUCUGUAGUUCUUCUGAUGGUGUAGCUAAUGUAUAUUAUGAUUCAAAAGUUAGUCAUAAUGGUGCUUUAAUGUGCGCUAAUAGACAAGCAACUACAUCAAGUCGUCGACGUCAUACUGGUACUGGUGAAGCUUAUAUGAAACCAAUUAUAUUAACUUAUGAUGAAGAAGCAGUUCGUAUUGCACGUAAAAAUAAAAAAUAUCUUAAUCAAACUGAAAUUGAUUCAGAAGUUGCAAUGGCUGCAGUUAAUGCAAUUUUACAAAAAGAUCAUCAAACUAUACAAGCUGCUAAAGAAGAUGAAGCAAAACAACGUGUUCCAAAUAGAGAAGAAUCUGUUGGUAAUCGUGUUGGAAGUCUACAUCAAUUUAUGGUUCAACAAAUUGUAUUAAAGAAAAAUGAAGCUGAUGAACGAGCUGAAAAAGAUAUACGUGGAGCUAUUCUUCGUCAUGCUGAUGAAGCGAAAAAGCAACCCUUCUGGACUAGAGCUUAUCUAAAAACACAACCGAAUCCGAUUUUUCAUAAUCCAGAUGAAGAAGUUAAAAAAGACGAUACACCUAUUUGGAAAAAACAAAAAUUAGCUUGAAUAUAAUGUAAAAUACAAAAAAAGAACUUAUGCGAAUACUUGUGUGUGUGUGUGUGUAGGGGGGAGGUACUUUUUUCUCUUUUUCUUUUGUCCAACAUUAUAUAUUGUAUUGUAUUACAUUCACGAUUGAUUGUACAUAAAUGAAAUAACAUUACUGUUUUAUAUUGUUAUUUAAUUAUUUCUAUGUUAUAUACUGAAUAAUAAUAAAAUCUUGUAAAUAGUUGAUAUA